AGGAGCCGCUGAGCUGCAGUGUGUUUUAUUCUCUGUCCGCAUCAGCUGGUGUCUGACGGGAAUAAAGCGUCAGCUGGGAUAAAAAUACAUUAAUUUACCCCCAACACCCCGCUUCUCGUCCUGCUGCUCCACCUGAACCACGUCGUUGAAACACCGACCGUCUGAAGGAGGAUCAGCAAACAUGUUCUACACCUGUGGUCCCAACGAGGCGAUGGUGGUUUCAGGCUUCUGUCGCUCUCCUCCACUGAUGAUAGCCGGAGGCCGAGUGUUCGUCGUCCCCUGCGUCCAGCAGAUCCAGAGGAUUUCCCUGAACACUCUGACCCUGAAUGUGAAGAGCGAUAAAGUCUACACCCGUCAUGGAGUUCCCAUCUCUGUCACUGGGAUCGCUCAGAUGAAAAUCCAGGGUCAGAAUAAACAGAUGCUGGCUGCAGCUUGCCAGAUGUUCAUGGGGAAGUCGGAGCCUGAGAUCGCUCAGAUCGCCUUGGAGACUCUGGAGGGACACCAGAGGGCCAUCAUCGCUCACCUGACUGUAGAGGAGAUCUACAAGGACCGCAAGAAGUUCUCAGAGCAGGUCUUCAAGGUGGCGUCCUCUGACCUGGUCAACAUGGGCAUCAGCGUGGUCAGCUACACGCUCAAAGACGUCCAUGACGACCAGGAUUAUUUGCAUUCGCUUGGAAAAGCUCGAACAGCGCAGGUUCAGAAAGACGCUCGCAUUGGAGAGGCACAGAACAAGAGAGACGCUGUGAUCAGGGAAGCUCAUGCAAUGCAGGUGAAAGUAUCGGCUCAGUACAAGAAUGAGAUUGACAUGGCGAAGGCUCAGAGGGACUACGAGCUGAAGAAGGCAGCCUAUGAUACUGAAGUGAACACGAAGAAGGCUGAGUCAGAGAUGGCCUACCAGCUUCAGGUAGCGAAGACGAAGCAGCGCAUCGAGGAGGAGAAGAUGCAGGUCCAGGUGGUUGAGCGGACGCAGCAGAUCACGCUGCAGGAGCAGGAGAUCACCCGCAGGGAGAAGGAGCUGGAGGCCAAGGUGAAGAAACCUGCCGAGGCUGAGCGCUACCGCUUGGAGAAGCUGGCUGAGGCUCACCGUCUUAAGUUGAUCAUGGAGGCAGAGGCGGAAGCUGAGUCCAUAAGGGUUAAAGGCGAGGCUGAGGCGUUUGCAGUGGAGGCCAAGGGUCGCGCUGAAGCAGAGCAGAUGGCGAAGAAGGCUGAAGCUUUCCAGGAGUACAAGGACGGAGCCAUGGUGGACAUGCUGCUGGAGAAACUGCCUCUGAUGGUUGAAGAGAUCAGCAGGCCUCUGUGUCAAGCCCAGAAGAUUACCAUGGUGUCCAGCGGCGGCGGAGAGGUUGGUGCAUCCAAACUGUCUGGAGAAGUUCUGGACAUCAUGACCCGCCUGCCUGACACGGUGGAGAAACUGACCGGGGUCAACAUCUCUCAGGUGAAUUCUCGUACCGGCUGAAGAGAAUCAACCAAACCAGUGACCAGGCAGAUCUACUCUCCUACUGUGUUAUCAGCUGCCUGGAUUCCUUGCAUGAGUCUCUCAUCACAGCUUAGUUUCUCUGCUCCCGUCCGCUGGUUUGUGAUGUUGCUGUGUUGUGAAAACACUUUCUGUCUGUUUUUUGCUCACUGACGACUAGUUCUAUCUGAGCUAAAGCCUUGUGUUACUGUGGCUGCAGUUACAUUUAUACUGACUUCACGCUCACUGGUACUAAAUCCCUUCAGCAUGAAGCAUUCAAAUGACAGUACUUCCUAUUUAUUGUUUUUUUUAUUUCUGGACUGUGAUGUGAUUUACACUCGCCUCACCAGAUUUUAAUGUGCACUGAAACAAGUAACAAAUAUAACUGCAGUCCCUUUUUGUCUUAGAUUCCUUUUUUCUAACCUGUUUUAUAUCAUUUUCACCCUUCUUUUCUCUUUGUCACGUUGUGUGUUUGUGUCACAAUAUUAAGGAAGUUUUUAUCUGUCCUGUUUUGUCUUAGUCUCCUCCCAUUGUCUGUUUACCUUUAAUGUCUUCUCCAUUCCUGUCUGCGUCCACUGCCUUGCUGCCAAACCUUAAGUGCAUCUUAGCAUGAAAGUCUAAUACAAACAUGCAUCCAGAACCUUCAUGCACUAAUGCUACUAACAUUACAUAUUCUGAUAGGAGACCAAACCACAGCCUGCAGUUUUAACCAUCAGUUCUUUUUCAUAAUUUAUUUCUGACCGAAUUCACAUUUAAUCUAUGAAGUGUUUAGGAUAAUCAUUUUGUCCGUGCAUAACUCUUUAAAGCUGUUAUUGAUGGUUGCAAGUUAACAGCUACUGAAAACUGUGGUACCAUCUGUAAAUCUGUAUGACAUUGGUUUGUGUUAUAUAUUUUGGAAUCUGUCAUCUUUUUUUAGUUUGAUAUAUGAUUUUUCGGAUUUUAGGAGUAGAAUUUCAUAAGGACACUUUGCUUAAGGCGUACCAGUACAUGCAUUAAAAAGCUGUGUUGCUAAUAUGACUCUAUGUGAUGCAUGUUCACUAACUCUAACACAUCUUCAGUACAAUCUUUGCUAACUUCAUGUUCAUUACUAAGCACUCUGUAUCAUACACGAUUGUUAUCUGACUGAACUAUUUCUAUUCAUUUAUUGUAGGAGCACUGUGACAGCCGUUUUACAUGCUACUGCUCUUUCUAGUAGAUGCCUACAGUGGUGGUAACUCAGGAAAUUCAGCUCAAUUUACCGGCAUUGUACGUCUAGUACCAACUAAUCUAAAUAGAACGCUCUUAAAUCACAAAUUCUGAUGACAUUAACGAUACUAUUACCUUCAAGGUUCAUGCUUACAAUUUUUUAUGCAGUUUAAAAAGUAGUUUCUUCAUAAUUUGAUGCUAUGUGUAAAUUCUCCUCUCUUUAUCAAUCCUCAACAUUGCAGUUUGUAAAAUAUCUCAGAUUUAGGCCUAAAUGGGAGCUUGAAACUCCAUCUUCUGGUUCAUGUUUCCUUGAGACUUUACCACCCUGCAGAUCAAUGUUAUUCUCAUGUAUACCUUAAGUAAAGUGGUGCCUUUUGUGUUAGUAAGGCCAGUUAUGUAGCAGCUCUCAUUAAGGUGUAGCUUGUGCAACUAGAUUUAAAUGUAUGGUAAAGUAUAGCUUUAGCCUUAUAUCGUAGCCAUGGGAAUAACUCAGUGUAUUUAUGGGAGGAACUGUGUGUUAGUAUCGUACACACUAGUAAAGCCUAAUGUGAAAAGAUGCAAAACAGUCAAGUUGUUGAAUGACAUUAGCUUUAACUUCAGGGAACAGGAUGUUUAAGAUCUGAGCCUGAAUCAGGAGUCAUGGAUUAAUGGUCAGAAAUAGAAAAAAGUGAGAAGUUGACAUCUUUUCUUCACUUUACUCUUCAUCUCUUUUGUUGUAGUGUUUUUUUAUUCCCUCGUUUCUUUGUAAUUCAACAUAAAUACCAAACAAUCUGUUGUAAGAACUCAGUGCAUCUGUCAUCCAGAAUGAAAUGCUGAUGAAGGUUUAGGAGUUGGCUCUGAAGAGUUACUGUGGUUCCUAUAAAGUGUCCUGACUUGCCUUAUAUCAUAACCCUGUCACGCUGUCACCUCUACCUCACCAUCACCUCUGGGGCUGGGGAUUUAAAACACUCUGUAAUGCAUCACAUGGUACUUAAACACUCAAUACUCUUACAAUAAUUAGAUGUUUGUUUUUUAAUAUGUAGAGAAUUAAUUGGAUGUCUGAUUGAGCUGUAUGAUGACACUAAAUUUAACCGAGAGUGUUUCUUUCUUUCACCUCCAGCCCUGAACACAUCACUGUUUGUCUGAUUGUGACUUCUCUGCACUGUUUAUUACAGCCAAAUGUACUGUAAUGGCUCUCUGAGGGUGAAUUUCAACACUGCUGUUAUAUAUGCAUGCAUCCGUACCUGUCACAGUUAAACUGUAAUAUAAUAUUGCAAAUGCAUAUGUUUUCAGUCAGGAUACAGUGCACAGCUUCUCUGUGAAGUUAGCAAAACAGUAGAUUACCUGUUGGUUAACUAUAGAAACGGAAAUGUGAUGUUUGUGUUUCUGAAGUGUUUUAAGUGCAAUGAUGCUAACGGCACUCCAUAUGGAUAUAGAUGUAUUUAUACAGUAUAUAUUUGAUAUUUGAUACAGUAUCAGUGUAGCAGUGUUUGCUUCACAAGUCACCAUUAACAAGUCUACUAAUUUACUAACAGCAGCUCCAGUGUUUCGUUACAAACGUGAUAAAGCUGUAGUCAGUUUAUUAGAGUUCUCUGUGUUAUUUCAGCUCGUGCUGUAAUUUGUUGGUGAAGUUCUGCCAAAAUUACCUCUUCGUUGCAUUUUAUCUCCCAUCUGUGCACUUCAGGAAAUUAGUUUUUCGGGAGAAUGUUCUACAAUCCUGUUCACAAUAUACUUGUCAUUAAAUUGCAAAAAGUAAACCA